ACGAUCUCCGCGCUGUGACGUGCGUCGGUCCGUCACGUGACCGCUGAGGAAUGCGAGCGAUGCAGCAGCGGCCGUGUGAGCAGAGCGCAGAGAGCCGAGAGCAGAGCGCCGAGAGCGGGCAACGCAGGCUGCGUCUCUCUACUCCUCCUGCACGGAGCCCCAAGGAGCCCCACACACCGGCCCGGAGCGGCUCCUCUGCCCGGAGACAGCGCCUCCUCCCCGGACGGAUUUAUCUCGCGUCCCCCCUCACAUGGUGGCAACGAUGACGAGCGGCAGCAUCAUGGUUUGGCUCCGCGGUGCCCUCGUGACUGGCUCUGUUUCCUGGAACAAGCUGGAACCCGAACCUUAAAAAAAUCAGCUCUGUGGAAUGCCUGUAGAACCGAUUCACCUUCAUCCAGCUCGCCAUCAUCAUCAUCAUCAUCAUCAGGAAUCACAAGGAGAUAAACGGAGGAGGACUCACAAGACUCCUUUCACUAUUUAGAGGACUUGAAGAGGAUCUUUUGGAUUUUGCCCGUUCGUGUGUUUUAGUUUUUUAGAGUAGCUCUGAGGCCAUGAGGCCCAAGACUUUCCCGGCGGCCCCGUACGUGGGCAACACGCGCCAGAGGCUCCAGGAGAUCAAGGAGGGUCUCAAACAGCCGGCCAAGCUGGUGAGCCAGGCCCUGCUCGGCUCCCGGUCCGACAGCGGCGGCGGAAGCAGAGGCGCCGACUGCAAGAGCGGGAAGGACGCCGCCAGCCGGCAGCAGCAGCUCCGCCCACCGCAGAAGUUCAACAACUACCAGAAUGCACUGCGGGAAAUACGCAAGUCCCUCAUGCCCUUCGCCAACGAGUCGGGCCCGUCCUCCGGGUCGGGGCACCCGGCGGGCGUCGGGGAGGUCAACCGGCAGAUGCUGCAGGAGCUGGUCAACGCCGGCUGUGACCAGGAGAUGGCAGUUCGGGCGCUGAAGCAGACAGGAAGUAGAAACAUUGAAGCGGCGUUAGAUUACAUCAGCAAGAUGGGUUACCUCGACCCCCGCACCGAGCUCAUCGUCCGCGUCAUCAAGCAGACUUCACCAGGUAAAGCUGUGAUGCCAAACCCGAUGGACCACCGUCCCGCGUUGGAGGCCCCCGGUGAUGCAGGUGUGAUGCCCCCCUACCACCAGAUGGGGGCGCCCAUGUACGAAGGUGCCGGCGGAUACGGCCCCGAGGGUGAGAUGUCCAGACCUUACAUGAGCGCUCCCCCCGUGAUGAACUACAUGAUGGCCCCGUCUGGUGCGCCGCAGGGCCCCAACAUGGGAAACCCGAUGGGUCGACCCCCCAGCAUGGGCUCCUAUCCGCCGGUGAUGGCCGCCCAGGGCAACCCGGCCAACGCCAUGUACCCGCCGGGGGCCCAGCAGAAGGGCUACCCCGGCGGCAUGGAGCAGCACGGGCCCAUGAUGAGCUACACCGUACCCGGUCAGCCGCUGCAGCUCCAGCCUCAGCCACCGGGGGCCGUCCCAGGCCCCCACUACGACUACGGCCACGCCAGGCCACACAUGAUGGAGCCGUCUGGCUACGGGGUCAAGAGGACCGCCUCCUUCCAGAACAAGAUGGCGCCGCCGCCCAUGGCGCCCCAAGACAGCUACAUGCAGGGUAAAGGGCCCAUGGGGCAGAACGUUCCGGGUGGAGGAGGAGGGUAUCCGUCUAACCUGUACCUGCCGCCUCACUCCCACCCGCGCCAGGCCAGCCCCACCUCCCACCAGGUCCACAUGAUGUCCCGCUCUCCGGGCGGGGUGGCAGCCAUGGGCCCCGACUUCUCUGACAUGCCGCAGGGUUUGAUGACGCCGUCCAGGGCCAGCCUCAACCUGGACCUGUAUGAGCACCACUGGGCGGGGCCUCCCGGCGCUGACGGUGCACCUCAAGCCCGGCAACCCCAACCCCAGGGUCCGUUCAGAGGGGAGGUCCGCGCCCCCAGCAGAACCAACUCCUUCAACAGUCGCUCCGCGGGGCCCAGCGUCCGGCCCACGAUGGCCGCACAGCCGACGGCCGGCAAACAGGACUCCUCUUUGGGCCCUCCAAACACCAUCACGGCGGUGACGUCUCCACCCAUCCAGCAGCCGGUCAAGAGCAUCCGCGUGAUGCGUCCGGAGCCAAAGACCGCCGUGGGGCCGUGUCACCCGAGCUGGAUGACGGCCCAGGACGCCGCCGAGCCUCUGGCCUACAUGCCGGAGGAGCCGUACCCUCUGGAGCCGGCUCAGGAGCCACGCUGCCCUCCGCCGCCGUACCCCAAAAACCUGCUCAUGGAGGAUGGAGCCGGCGCCAUGUGUGGAACCCAGGACCACGCCGCCGCCGCCAGAAGCGCUCACGGCAGCAGUGGAGGGAGCGCAAAGGCGGAGGAGAGCCAACAGGUGAAGGAGAAGACGAAGGUGGGCAAAGGGGAGAAGACGGUGAAGGACAAGAAGCAGAUCCAGACGUCUCCGGUUCCCGUGAGGAAGAACGGACGGGACGAGGAGAAGAGAGAGUCGCGCAUCAAGACCUACUCGCCGUUCGCGUUCAAGUUCUACAUGGAGCAGCACAUCGAGAACGUGAUGAAGACCCACCAGCAGAAACUGAACCGCAGGCUUCAGCUGGAGCAGGAGAUGUCCAAGGCUGGACUCUCUGAGGUGGAGCAGGAGCAGAUGAGGAAGAUGCUGAACCAGAAGGAAUCCAACUACAACAGGCUGCGUCGGGCCAAAAUGGACAAGUCCAUGUUUGUCAAGAUCAAAACGUUGGGCAUCGGGGCCUUCGGAGAAGUGUGUCUGACGCGUAAAGUGGACACGGGGGCUCUCUAUGCCAUGAAGACGCUGCGCAAGAAAGACGUCCUCAACCGCAACCAGGUGGCCCACGUGAAAGCGGAGCGUGACAUCCUGGCGGAGGCCGACAACGAGUGGGUGGUGCGCCUCUACUACUCCUUCCAGGACCGUGACAGCCUCUACUUCGUCAUGGACUACAUCCCCGGAGGAGACAUGAUGAGUCUGCUCAUCAGAAUGGGCGUCUUCCCCGAACCUCUGGCACGCUUCUACGUGGCCGAGCUGACGCUGGCCAUCGAGAGCGUCCACAAGAUGGGCUUCAUCCACCGCGACAUCAAACCCGACAACAUCCUCAUCGACCUGGACGGACACAUCAAGCUGACGGACUUCGGCCUGUGCACGGGCUUCCGCUGGACGCACAACUCCAAGUACUACCAGAAAGGGAGCCACGUCAGACAGGACAGCAUGGAGCCCAGUGACUUCUGGGACGACGUGUCCAACUGUCGCUGUGGCGACCGGCUGAUGUCUCUGGAGCAGAGCGCCAACCGGCAGCACCAGCGCUGCCUCGCUCACUCUCUGGUGGGAACGCCGAACUACAUCGCCCCGGAGGUGCUGCUGCGCAAAGGUUACACCCAGCUGUGUGACUGGUGGAGCGUUGGAGUGAUCCUGUUUGAGAUGCUGGUGGGUCAGCCGCCAUUCCUGGCCUCAACGCCCACCGAGACUCAGAUUAAGGUCAUUAACUGGGAGAGCACGCUGCAGGUUCCCGCUCAGGUCAAACUGAGCCCCGAGGCCGUCGACAUCAUCGGCCGUCUCUGCUGCUCCGCGGAGGACCGCCUGGGGGCCAACGGCGCCGGCGAGAUCAAAGCCCACCCCUUCUUCACCCAGAUGGACUUCUCCAGCAACCUUCGCCAGCAGCCGGCGCCGUACCGGCCCAAGAUCGCCCACCCGAUGGACACGUCCAACUUCGACCCCGUGGAGGAGGAGGGCGUCCCGGGGGCGUGGAGCGACAGCGGCGACAGCACCCGGGCCCUGGACAUUCUCUGCUCGCCGCACGGGAAGCACCCGGAGCACGCCUUCUACGAGUUCACCUUCAGAAGGUUCUUCGACGACAACGGCUGCCCGUUCCGAUACCCGAAACCGCUGGAGGUCAGCGGGGCGUCGACGGGCGCCGAGGAAGAGGACGAACGACAAGAAGAAGAAGAAGAAGAGGAGGAGGAGACGGACGACGAUGAGGAGGAGGAGGAGGAGGGAGAGCAGGGGGAGGGGUGUGAGCCGGUUUAUGUGUAGAGACGCUCACAGGUGGUGUUGAGUCGGAUUAAUGAACGUCGCCCCCUGGUGGUGGAAUCUAUAGCGCGUCCACAAACGCAAAACUCCCGGGACCAAGAGACAACAUUCUGUGUGACUGCAAUCGAAGGGUGAAGCUGUGUGAAGAGCGAAACUGUACGUGUUGAAGGUGGAGUAUUCUUGGGAAUGUGAGGACGUCUGGAUCUCAGAUUUCAAUAUUUUUUCAUCCCAUUCCUUCCAAAAGCCCUCGUGUCUUAAACGGACGACUGGAACGGAGACCUUUCAACGGGAGUGGAACUGAUUUUCCCCGUUGAUUCACAGGAGGAGGAGGAGGAGACUGAACGAGCAACACGCCUCUUUUUCACAGCGUCUGCAAAAAAUAAGCUACAAAGACACAUUGCAUGCACGUGCACUCACUCACGUAUUCAGUAGCAAAGGGUGGGAAAUAAAGAAAAGACGGUUAAAAUCCAGUGUCCAUAUUUCAAGUCGGUUGGAUGGACAAACAAAUUCUCCCUGAGAAAUAUCAGCGUGCAUCUUUGAGGUGUGACAGGUAAAUGUGUCGCUUUUUUGGCAGCAUAAAAACAAAACAAUCAAAUUAAUCUUUUUAUAUAUAUAUAAAUAUAUAUAUAUCUCACAGGUGCCUAAUUUUUUUCAGUGUAACGUUUUAAUUGAGUCGGAUCCAUCUUUCCUCGGAGGUCGCUGUUACAAAUUUUCUUCUUAAUUCAAGUCAGUUUAUUUAAAUAGCACAUUUUAAAAACAGGAGUUGAUUUAAGGUGCUUUUCAGAUCUGCCUCAAUACAGGUAGACGCCAUUAAAAUGUGCAUAGAAAGGCAAUAAAACAAUAAAAGAACAUUUGAAAACAGAAAUGAAAAGAAACAGCAGAUUAAAAACCAUAAACUUGUUUUAUAAAAACCUUGUUUAUAAAAUGCUUUCUGUUAUAACUCACCAUUUCUAAAAUAAUCCUACAAAAAGGCUCUUUAUUCUGCUUUUAGUCGGAUCAAACACUGAACCGUUGAAGCGUUUAUUGAGCCUGACAUGCGUCUGAAUCUCCGCUCAUAAAAUCGCAGAAAUAAUUGCAUCAAGAAAGCAAGAAAAAACGUUCUUGCGAUCACGUUCUGCUUCUCGAGAACGCAACGUUUUUAAGAAAAGAACCGACGAACGGAGUGAAACCUUAUUUAAAAUAAGUAAAAAGAAACCAGAGACUGAACUCCGUCGGGUCGGAUGGUGCUGAGUUGGUUUCUGACUGAGAAUCAAAAUCAAAGCUCCAACACACACACACACACUCACACACUCACACUCACACACACACUCACACACUCACACACACACUCACACACACACACACACACACACACA